CAUAGAAGGCGUUUUUGCGGAGUCUCCACUUUUUGGAGACCGCUGUGGGCUCGAGCAUAGUACGGAGGAGGGAGUUCAGCAGACUGCCCUCCCCCCAUCUGGGGCAACGUUACACUGACAAGUACAGUGCAUGUACAUGUACAUGUACAUUUGUCAACGUACAUGUAUGAUGUAGGCCUAUGCAAUAUUAUGACAUCCGUUGUUUAUACACCUCAACUUGCUGAUGUUACCGUCAAAGCUUGUUGCACUGCAUUUUUGUUUUUCAUGAUACAAUUCAUAUCAACCAUGGAACAACUGCUGUAACCAAUGGCCACCAGGACUACAUGUACACGUAUAGGAGAGACACUGGUCAUCUUUACUUCUGCAAGUUAAAACAGAAGAUCAGAGUUCAGUUGCUCAGAAGAUCCGGGCCAAUAACGUCCAUGUACUGGAUGACUACACAUUGUUGACAUUGAAACAGGAAAUCAAGGGAUACAGCAACUUAGCUUCUUCGUAAAUAACAUAUGACAAAGUGUUCAAAAUGAAAGAAGAAGAUGUGGAAAUAGCCAUCAAGGUAGUUAUUGUUGGCAAUGGAGCAGUGGGGAAAUCCAGCAUGAUCCAGCGUUACUGCAAAGGCAUCUUUACCAAAGAUUACAAAAAAACCAUCGGAGUUGACUUUCUCGAAAGACAAAUUCAGGUAAAAGAAGAAGAUGUUCGAUUAAUGCUGUGGGAUACUGCUGGCCAAGAAGAGUUUGAUGCCAUCACCAAGUCUUAUUACAGAGGAGCCCAGGCUGGUGUUGUUGUGUUUUCAACUGUAGACAAAGCAUCCUUUGAAGCAGUGGAAAAAUGGAAGCGAAAAGUUGAAGAAGAAGUGGGGUGUAUACCACUGGUGCUUGUACAAAACAAAAUAGAUCUAGUGGAUGAAGCAGUUGUAGCUCCAGAGGAAGCAGAGGCCUUAGCUAAAAGACUGAAGCUACGUUUCUACCGAGCAUCUGUCAAAGAGAAUCUAAAUAUUGAUGAAGUGUUCCUUUAUCUACUUGAUAAAUAUAUGCAAAAGCUUCAGACACAAGAGGCAGAAGACAAUGCUACAACAAACACCAAAAUUGGCAUUUUCAACACCACAGUGCCCCCUCCAAGCAACGAUGGAGACAGUAAUGGUGGGAACGACCAGGACCAAACAAUACAGCUUAGACCAACUAAACAGAGAACAAAGGGAAAAAAGCAGCAAAUGAAAUGCCAGAUACUUUAAUUCAAUGGUAUAUGUAUGCAUUUCAGGCAAGUUUGUGGUCAGGUGUUCUUCAUUGACCAGGAUAUUUCUGUUGGUCUUUGCUGCUCAGCAUUGUUAUUAACACUCCUUUUAUUCUUGUCAUAACAAUCUUAACAGAAACACAAUUUUUAUGGUGUGAAAUAUCUAUAAAGGUGAUCUUUGUCAUAAAAACUACUUUGUUUUGUUUUCAAAGACUAGGAAAUAGUUUUUUCCAAAGACAAAUGAGAUGAGGGGGGCAGACUAGAAAAAAUGCACAUGUAAAACAGUUUCAACCAUGUCUUCAGAGCCAGACCUGCAGUAAUUUUGUGCUCAAUAGUUCCUUGAUAUAGUUGAUAUAGCCCAUCUUUGUUUCCCGCAGAAACAAAGAAUAUCUCAAAAAUGGUUUUCCUCAUAUAUUGCAUCAAGAAACAUGUAGUUCUUGUUGGCCACUUUGCAGAGUUGCAGAGCAUAGCGAGAGAACACAGAUUUGUCACAUAUUAUUGUCACUUUGCUAAGGUUACCAUGCCUCAUUGAGGAAGUGAUAAUAUCCCAACAGCAAACAGUUUUUGUGUUACACAUGUAUUUUGGCAACAAUCACAAAAUACUUAAAAUUUGUAUCCUCGUGGAGAGCAUUCUUUGUGAACAAGGUACAUGUACAUGUGUUUGCUAACACUUGAACAUGUAGUUAUCAGUUACACAGAAAGUGUAUGCUUGACCAUGCAUUCUUGAUGACGUCUAUGUCCUUUUAAUCCUGUACAUAAAAAUUGAUUUUUGAGAGACUAUGUAAGGAUAAAUCAGCAUCGUGAUGGACAUGGUUGAUGUUUGCAUGUAUUUCCUGCAUGUCUGUUGAAGGAGAAAGAAUGCAACAUGCACACACAUAGUUGGUCCAUAGUUUUUUGGGGGCUACACAUAUGUUGAACUCCCCUCCCCCCCCAAAAAGUCCAUACAACUUUAUCUUAACUUUAGAAAUGGUCCCUUCAGCAUGGUAAUGGCUUAGGCACGUAUAGGAGUACAUGUAGGCCCCCCAAAAAAAAUCAUCGUAGAAUGUAUUUCUUUAUCACCGACAUAUGCUAAACCCUCCACUUACUCAUUUUGCUGAUAGGUCUUUUUUUGUAAUUAAUUGCUUGUUUAUAUAUUUAGAUAUAUAUACUAGCAUUCAAGGAACAAUGGAAUUUCUAAAAUUGGUUUAAUUUUGUUAUUUGAGUGUAAGUACUUACAUAUACCGUUAUCUCAGAGUAUUCAUACAUUUGUAUUGUUUUAAGAAAAGCUUGAUUCUUUUGGCCUGUGAGAUGUACAUGCAUUUGCAUAUUGUUCUAUUUGCAUUCCAUUUUUCUGCAUAUUUGUGUUCAUGUUGAAAUUCUGUUGAGUUCAUUAAAAGCUGCCACUAUAUACUGCCCUUUUCAGAAUGCAGUUGUCUGUUCUGAACAGACAUCACACACACAUUUACUUGGAGCUUUAUAUAUACAUAUAUUUACAUUCAAAAGAAACACUCUUGCGAUAGUUCAAAGUACAUUUACAAUGUAAAGGAGCCAAUGGAUUCCUCACGUUCUUCUACCAGCCCCUGAUGUAGAAUGACUGAUUAAGUUAGAGCAUGCUGUGUAUACAUGUUUUUCAAGGGCUGCCUGCCCCAUACACACUUGCGCUACCUCUUACAUGUCAUGCCAGGUGUGAUGAUUUCUUUUUUAAGACUAAAAUGUCUCUGUAAAAUAGAAAAACUGAAAGAGGCUUUUUGUCCCCCAAAAUCAAAAUCUUGUGCAGAAAAUAGGGAGGCCUUGGGGUGAGUUGAAGUACAUUCUUAAAAGAAAGAUAAGUCAUCAUUUUUGUUCUUCAGUCAUCACCUAUGAGACAUGACUCAGAUGGAUAUCACAUUUGCAUAUUCACACCUGUAAAUAACAAUUCUAAGUGUUAAGGGAAGAUCUGCAUCUGGAAGGUGUUCGUGGUGCUAAGAAGUGGGGAUUUGCAAUAAUUGCAUUGAUUGAAAUUCUAUGCCAUUAAAAUGAGUUUUCACAUUGGUGUUCAAAAAUGCUACCAUGAUGUCCAAAAUCAAUUUUGAAUAUGAUGUCCUCACUCAUCUUUUAAAGCACGGUGACAAAUUCAUUUGAGAUAUGAUAACAACUUAGUUCUGGGGGGAUGAAGUCAAUGAUGUUUUAUACCUGUGUCCUGGGCAUAGGCUCUGCCCACAGCCUCACAGAGGGACACUUCACCCACAAAUACACGUACAUAUAUCUAAAACCCAUGUUGUUCCAACACUACGUGUACAUUCUUUUACACGGAGACUAGUGCAUGUACUCAUCUUGUACUUCUGGGAACAAUUGAAAUGCAUUGAUAGGUGGUGUGGGGACAAACAACAUGGGAAAAACUGCACCCACAACUCGGUCUCAACUUUCCUAACAAGAGAAACUGUCCCUUCUUUGUGGUAAUGGCCUGGGCACAAUUACACGUAUAUCCAAAUUAAAGUGGAUCUUGACAUCCUGAGAAAAUACUUGACGUUUAAUUUCUUCCUGGCCAAAAUAAAGCUCCAUGAAUGAAAAUGGUGUCUGUCAGACUUUGAAAUGAAAAGAGACUGCUGUAUUCUAAAAUAUAUACAUGUGCCACGGUAUGUAUGUGGCAAUCAUUUAUGUACAUUUUAUAUUAUAAAGUUAACUGAAGAUGCUCACUGACUGUCCAUAUAUUAGCUACAGAAUGUAUGGAAUCAUUUUAUUUUCCUCCACAGGUAAUGUGGUAAGCAUUGAUAAGAUGGUCAAAUCAUUGGUAGGGCUAGAUGUGUCCAACCAAGCUUGCAUUAUUUAAUUCAACUGGGAAUAAUUGCAAUUCCUGAUCGAAUUUCAGUCUCUAAUGUGGAGUUACUAAAAACCAACACUGUACUAGUGUACAACAGCAACCUCUUUAUGUAUUGUUACCUCAAUUGUAUACCCUACAGCUCAGUCAAGUUAAUAAUUUGAGUUAAAUAAUUGUCUGGAUUACCCAUACACAUAACUGUUAACAUUUUUUUUUUAAAGUUGGUGCUCAGAUCUGCUGAUCUUCCAAUUCAUAACUGGAAAAAAAUGUUUUUGUUUUGAGAAGUCUCAGAUCCGCCCUCACAGUUUACUGACAUAAAUAAAAAAAAAAAAGGAUUUUGGUCUGCUGUCUGACUGAUGGCAAGGUCCCCGAUUUCAAGUUUGCGAGCUUUGGUCCUCUUUUGUUAUUGGUAACCUUUUGUUGUUUUUUUUUUGGGGGGGGGGUAGUUUUUGUAUUCUCCUCUCUGACUUGACGCUUUUUUUUUCAUGAGACCAUAGACAAUAAUUUUGUUUCGUCUUUAUUUGUCCUUUAAAAUUUGCCGUCAAAAAAAUCUGUGCACCAACUUAUAAAAAAUGCUGAAUUAGACAUUUUAAUGUCUUUGCUGAUAUUUAAAAUUUCUUUAUCUUCAAUUCAUCGUUAUCAGGCUGAAUGAUCGAAUGUGUAACUACAGUGGACUGGCAUCUACAUGUAUGUGUACUGUACCAUAUCCAGUGGAAAGCAUGUUUUCCAUUCAUUAAGUUUUAAGCAUUUUGGAAACUUACCACCUGGGGGUGGUUGAGGGUUUCCUUGCAAUUGAAAAAAGUACUGUAUUAUCCCCCUCCAUGCAAAACCUGAAUACGCCUCUGUUUGCUGUUUUUUAAUUGGCGUAGAGCUGACAUUUUUAAACAUGUUACCAUCAAUGCAUUUUAUGCCAAAGAGUAAAGACUGUUGAAGUGCAUCUACAUCUGUUCCUGAGUACCAAGCUGACUGCUAAAACUAGUCACAAAACAAAGAGUAUUGAUAUUUAAUGUUUUAGUGUCACACCUCAAAAUAAAUUCAUAACUGGACAGUAAAGAAUCUGUAAAAGUGAAGUAUUCUUGACAAAAUCCUCAAAAUAUAAGAAUAUCUUGUAAAUUAAAAACUCCUAAUGGCAAUAUUGAACUCCACGUUAAGUACUUAAUGGAACCAACACAAACAUGGGGCUGGCAAUUUGGGUCAUGGAUCACAUAACCUAAAAAGAAUCAUUUAAAAUGUUAUUGAAAGUACUGCUUUAGAUGGAUUUUUUCCUGAUUUUUUUUUUCAGUAUACAAGUAAACAUAUUCACAGGUCUAAUAUUAAAAAGGAGCCACACACUGCACAUGGUUUCAAUUUAUACAUUCAAUUUUAACAUUUUACACCGUCCAAAUAAAAAGACCAUGUGCAGGCACCAAUUUUUAUGGUGAACCGAUUUAGAUAAAUUACAUGUACAUGUAUCACGCCUGUAUUUAUUUGUUUGAAUAGCAAGUACAUGUAUGGGUAAUCAGAGAUCUUGCGUCAAUGAAGUGGGAAAACAAAAAUAUUUACAUAAAUAAA